GCUCCACCACAGCGGCGCACUCCAAGCCUGCUGGCCUCAGGAUCAGCUGUUUUGAUCCGAUCCGGCCUUGUGACAAAAGAAGACUUUCUGUGCGCAGAUCUACUUUUAAAGAACAACUAUAGUCCCUCCUGGUCCUCUCUGUCGGAGCAGAUGAUCCGCUAUACUCCCACUUCUGCUCGAGAUGUUUGCUCGGACAAUGCUUGUAAUCUGUGGAGACAUAAUUUACAUUCAUCUUUUAAGUCUUGAGUGACAGAAAGUCAGUUCGGAUAUAAACUGAGUCGUAUUUGAAGUCAUAAAACAGCAGCAGUUAUUUAUUCUUAUUUCUUAAAAGCUCACUGAAAGCUACUUGUGCUGCGCUUUUGGAGGAGCGCUGCGCUCUGAAGGGGACAUUCUGUUUGUUGCUGAAGUGCUUCAGGAAGUCCGAGUAAUCUUUUCAUCCAGAAACAAAUAUAAUUAUAAUAUUUCAAAAAGUGUUCAACAUCGCCCAGGACAAGGCUUUAAAUGUUCGGGAUUCAGGAGCAGCUGAUAAGAGACGUGAGCGGAUUAAAAGAGAGAACUCUUGGAGAGGAGAUGGAUCCAGUCCGGUCGUGGGUGCGUAAUGUUGGGGUUGUGGAUGCAAACGUUGCAGCGCAAAGGAAUGAACACGGCAAAGCAUUCCAAUGGACUUUGUUUACAUCUGAUGUCCAUGUCCAGAUAUCUAUACCCAAGUGUACUCAACGGCAUGCAUUGUGCUUCCCUUUCUUUGUUUCCCCUCUUUCCAAGGAGCAGACUGGAGAAAAGACAAAUAAUGGCACUCAUUAUAAGCUACAGCUUCUCUACAGUAAUGGGGUUCGCACAGAGCAAGAUCUUUAUGCACGACUUAUUGACUCCGUCACUAAACAGCCCAUUUCAUAUGAAGGACAGAACAAGAACCCAGAAAUGUGCAGAGUACUGCUCACACAUGAGGUUAUGUGCAGCCGCUGCUGCGAGAAGAAGAGUUGUGGCAAUCGUAAUGAGACGCCCUCUGAUCCAGUCAUCAUUGACAGGUUUUUCUUGAAGUUUUUCCUGAAGUGCAAUCAGAAUUGUCUGAAGACAGCAGGGAACCCGAGGGACAUGAGAAGAUUCCAGGUGGUCUUGUCCAGCACAGUGAGCGUAGACGGACACGUCCUGGCCGUGUCUGACAAUAUGUUUGUCCACAACAACUCUAAACAUGGCCGGCGAGCUCGCCGAUUGGAGCCGGGAGAGUCUGUGGAGAAUACCAUGGAAUACGCUACUCCCUGCAUCAAAGCCAUCAGCCCCAGUGAAGGCUGGACCACCGGCGGGGCGAUGGUCAUAGUCAUUGGGGAGAACUUUUUCGACGGACUGCAGGUGGUGUUUGGAAGCAUGCUCGUGUGGAGUGAGCUGAUCACUCCACAUGCGAUCCGUGUACAGACGCCUCCUCGACACAUCCCUGGGGUUGUGGAGGUAACUCUGUCAUAUAAAUCGAAGCAGUUCUGCAAGGGAGCACCUGGACGCUUCAUCUACACAGCCCUUAAUGAGCCAACUAUAGACUACGGUUUUCAGCGACUUCAGAAGAUAAUUCCCCGGCAUCCAGGUGACCCAGAGAAACUAGCCAAGGAGAUUCUCCUAAAAAGAGCAGCAGAUCUUGUUGAGGCUCUGUAUGGAAAUCCACACAGUAAUCAGGAUAUGCUGCUGAAACGUGCAGCUGAUAUUGCUGAGGCACUCUACAGCGUUCCUCGUCCUCACAGUCAGCUGCAGGCACUUCCCAGCUCACCAGUCCACGGGAGUGUUAUGGGCUUGGGCUCCUAUCCAUCCCAGUUAGGGGUCAGCAUUGGAGAUCCAGGACAGAGCAGCCAAGGUUAUAUCCGUAACUCCAGCAGUUUGUCCCCAAGAGGUUACCCCUCAGCCUCCACUCCCCAACAGUCGAGCUAUGGGGGCAGCGGGGGAAUGACUGGAGGCUACGGUACAGUUCCAAUGACAAGUCUGGGUGUUCCUGGGUCUCCUGGAUUCAGCAGCGCCUCACCCACAAGCUCUCCCUACAUAAUGCCAGCAAGCCCCACAAUACCAGGAAGCUCCAGCUCCUCGUCAUCUCUCUUGCCUUUCUCCUCUUUCCCUUCCGCUGCUAAACAGAAGAGUGCUUUUGCUCCCGUCCUCAGACCCCAAGGUUCUCCUUCCCCCGCCUGCCCUGCCUCGGGGGGGAACAGCUUCAGAGCGAUGACGGGCCUGGUUGUCCCCCCGAUGUAGCAAAGCACCUGUCCCCAAUCUGCCCCAGACCACUGCUUCACUUACCUCCCCUUCUUUUUGGCACUGAGCAGGGAGAGUAAAAAAAACGGAUCACUAGUGAACGUAACUUUUCCUCUCUGAUUCCACCCGCUGUUUCCAAACCUCCAACUUUUUGUGACCAUGCAAAGGAAACGGGGCUUGGUAUGAAAAUAUCCAAAGACCAGCAAUCUUCUCCAGAUACACAAGAAAACACAACAGCCUGAGCCACAAAAAGCAAGACUGAACAGUUUACUGCAGCGUGUGUAUCUGACAGGAAAGAAAACUCCUUUUUAAUAUCCCAUGAAGCUUCAGAAAGGAUCUGCCCUUAACUCUGAUCCAGCAGUAUCCAAGCUUUGCAACACCUGCAAAAGACCUACAGGACGCACUGUCGGAUCACUGAGCGUCGACUGAGGACGGGCAGUUCAGAAACGAAGCUGCGGCUCUAAAAAAAACAGGGUGCCUAUUUUGUGAGUGUCUAAACACCCUAAAUGGCAUGUGUGUACACCAUCUAUGGGCUAGCGAGAGGUUGUUUUGUAGUAGACUUUUUAAAGAAAACUUACAUUCCAGAAAAGUAGAACCUUUAUAUUUUGUUGUGGCAGUUUUUUUUUUUUUUCAUGAGAUAAAAUUUUGUCUCAUGGGUUAUUACUAAAAUGAAUUCAUAUAUUGAUUUAUUUAAGAACAAGCAAUUUAACUUAUUAAAGUUAGUUUAGGGAAUAAUAUAAGCGUGUUUUUUUUAUAAACUGGUUCUCCUUCCAAGGGUUGAUGAAAUUAAGCAAGCUCUCCAAUUGCCAAUUACUUUGACAAAUAACUCUCUGAAAUGGAUUUUUUUAGUGGAGUUUUUUUUUUUUUAAAUUAAACUCCUACUUUUCAGGUUCUUGCAAAAGCAAUUAAAUGUGUUUGGUCACGGUUAAAGGUUAUUGUCCUAAUGUAAAGGGGAGUAUUAGUUAGCUGUAUCCUUUUCAUUUUCACCUAAAAUGCAUGCUUUUUUCACCAAUGCUCUGGUACAUUUUCAACCUGAAAAAGUUGUGAACUUUCAUUUUUUAAUGUCUAGUCACUAUGCAGUAUAGAAAGCAAAAGCACAACAGUUCAAACAAUACAGAGUUGCAUUAGGUGGUCUUUUAUCAAUGUUCUUAUGUAAUUGCAGCUACAAUUCCUUGUAAAGGUAUUUAUACCUGUUGAAUAUGUCCACGUUUUCUUAAUUUGUGAAACACAACUUCAAAGUGAUAGACCAGCACAAAGCAAUGUAUGUAUAAUUGUGAAAAGAAAGAAAAGGGACAGAAAAUGUCUCCCUGUUUAUUUUUCUUUUUUUCUUUUUUUUUUUUUAAAUAAAACAUACAAAGGGGGAUGUCCGUUUUAACCAAACCCCAUGAGUCAAUGCUGAUUUAAAAAUUUUUUUUUGCUGAAAUUAAAGCUGCAAGUGGUUUGGGUUUAUUUUAUUUCAGAUUUUUGCUAAUAUAAGGCCUUUAAACAUCAACUGUCAACUUUUGUCACUGAUAUUAAAA